AUGCAAACUGGGUCUGGAGAUGAUUCUCAUGAUUUGGUACUCCCUACAAAUCUGAGGUGUGAAAGUUCAAGCAGCCAACUCAGUAAGAGACACCAACUCAGUAAGAGAAACUUGGAAACCAGAUAUGAAACUGAAGAACCUCACUUAGAUACGACUUUUCCGUAUUCAUUGACAUUGAAAGUGCAAACGUCAGAACCAAGAGAUAUUUUGCAGCUGGAGAGAACUUGCUUAUCAUUCAUUAGAUUCACCACUGCUUUAUUUUUCACAGCAUUAGGAAUAAUAUUAAAUUUCAAGAUAGAUUCUUCUAACGACGGUGGUGGCUCCCAUAAGCUGCACCACUCCUAUUCAGCGGCCAUCUCCUUUCUGGUAUUGAUUUUGGCAGCUGUGUUGUUGAUAGUCAGCUUACUCAAUUAUCUUACUUCUGUCGACAGGUACGCAACAGGCAAGAUUAAGACUUACAGGUUUAAUAAUCUACAUACAGUGAUCAUCAUGACCGGUGUAGUAUUGGCAGUAACAUCUAUAUGCAUAAUACUGAUUAUAGAAGAAUAUAUCAGCUCUUUUUGA